GCCCGAUUGGGGCGGGUUCGUUUGCUCCGAGCUUUGGCCAGGGCGGGGGUCUGGGCUUUAGGCAUAUUAGUUUCACAAUGUUUGGGGACCUAUUUGAAGAGGAUUAUUCCAGUGUGUCAAAUAAUCAUUGUGGAAAAGGGAAGAAAUUAAAGUCUAAAGCUUUGGAGCCACCUGCUCCUAGAGAAUUCACCAAUUUAAGUGGAAUCAGAAAUCAGGGUGGAACCUGUUACCUCAAUUCCCUUCUUCAGACUCUUCAUUUCACACCUGAAUUCAGAGAAGCUUUAUUUUCUCUUGGUCCAGAAGAGCUUGGUUUUUUCGAAGAUAAGGAUAAACCUGAUGCAAAGGUUCGAAUCAUACCUUUACAGUUACAGCGCUUGUUUGCUCAGCUUCUGCUGUUAGACCAGGAAGCUGCGUCCACAACAGACCUCACUGACAGCUUUGGGUGGACCAGCAAUGAGGAAAUGAGGCAACAUGAUGUGCAGGAACUGAAUCGAAUUCUCUUCAGUGCUUUGGAAACUUCUUUAGUUGGGACCUCUGGUCAUGACCUCAUCAAUCGUCUGUAUCAUGGAACCAUUGUUAACCAGAUUGUUUGUAAAGAAUGUAAGAACAUCAGUGAGAAGCUGGAAGACUUCUUAGAUCUAACAGUAGCAGUAAAAAAUGUAACUGGUUUAGAAGAUGCUCUCUGGAACAUGUAUGUAGAAGAGGAAGUUUUUGACUAUGACAACUUGUACCACUGUGGAACUUGUGACAGGCUGGUGAAAGCAGCAAAGUCGGCCAAAUUACGUAAGCUGCCUCCCUUUCUUACUGUUUCAUUACUAAGAUUUAAUUUUGAUUUUGUGAAAUGUGAACGCUACAAGGAAACUAGCUGUUACACGUUCCCUCUCCGGAUCAAUCUCAAGCCUUUUUGUGAACAGAGUGAAUUGGGUGACUUAGACUAUAUAUAUGACCUCUUCUCAGUUAUUAUACACAAAGGUGGCUGCUAUGGAGGACAUUAUCAUGUAUAUAUUAAAGAUGUUGAUCAUUUGGGAAACUGGCAAAUUCAAGAGGAAAAAAGUAAGCCAGAUGUGAAUUUGAAAGAUCUUCAAAAUGAAGAAGAGAUUGAUGAUCCACUGAUGAUUCUAAGAGCAAUCUUAUUACAGGAGAAUAAUCUAAUUCCUGUUGAUCUGCUGGGUCAGAAACUCUUGAAAAAGAUAGGACUAUCUUGGAACAAAAAGUACAGAAAACAGCAUGGACCACUGCGAAAGUUCUUACAGCUCCAUUCUCAGAUAUUUCUGCUCAGCUCAGAUGAAAGUACAGUUAGUCUAUUGAAGAACCAUUCUCUCCAGGCUGAAUUUGAUUUUCAAAGGAAUGAUCAACAAAUUUUCAAGAUGCUUACUUCAGAAUCCCCAGGAUUAAACAAUAGCACCUCCUGUCCUCACUGGUUUGAUAUAAAUGAUUCCAAAGUCCAACCAAUCAGGGAAAAGGAUAUUGAACAGCAAUUUCAGGGUAAAGAAAGUGCCUACAUGUUGUUUUAUCGGAAAUCCAAGUUGCAGAGACCUCCUGAAGCUCGAGCUAAUCCAAGAUAUGGGGUUCCAUGUUAUUUGCUGAAUGAAAUGGAUGCAGCUAACAUUGAAUUGCAAACAAAGAGGGCAGAAUGUGAUUCUGCAAACAAUAAUUUUGAAGUACAUCUCCACCUGGGCCCUCAAUAUCAUUUCUUCAAUGGGGCUUUGCACCCACUAGUCUCUCAAACAGAAUGUGUGUGGAAUCUGACCUUUGAUAAAAGAAAAACUUUAGGAGAUCUUCGACAGUCAAUAUUUCAGCUGUUAGAAUGUUGGGAAGGAGACAUGGUUCUUAGUGUUGCAAAGCUUGUACCAGCAGGACUUCACAUUUACCAGACACUUGAUGGAGAUGAACUGACACUUUGUGAAACAGAAAUUGCUGAUGGGGAAGACAUCUUUGUAUGGAAUGGGGUAGAGGUUGGUGGAGUCCAGAUUCCAACUGGUAUUGACUGCGAACCUCUGCUUUUAAAUAUUCUUCAUCUAGACACAAGCAGUGAAGGAGAAAAGUGUCAGCAGGUGAUAGAAUCUCCACAUGUCUUUCCAUCUAAUGCAGAAGUGGGCACUGUCCUCACAGCCUUAGCAAUCCCAGCAGGUGUCAUCUUCAAAAACAGUGCUGAAUGUCCAGGUGAAGAUAGCUGGACCGCCAUUCCCAAAGAAGACAUGAAGAGGACAUUCAGGGAGCAAGGUCUCAGAAAUGGAAGCUCAGUUUUAAUUCAGGAUCCUAAUGAUGAUAACAGUUUGUUGACCAAACAAGGGAAGUGGAUCACUAGUAUGAAUGAGAUUGACUGGCUUCAAGUUAAAAAUUUGUGCCAGUUAGAAUCUGAAGAGAAGCAAGUUAAAAUAUCAGCAACUAUUAACACAGUGGUGCUUGAUAUUCGAAUUAAAGCCAUAAAGGAAUUAAAAUUAAUGAAGGAACUAGGUGACAACAGCUGUUUGAGACCUAUUGAUAGAAAUGGGAAACUUCUUUGUCCAGUACCAGACAGUUAUACUUUGAAGGAAGCAGAAUUGAAGAUGGGGAGCUCAUUGGGACUAUGUCUUGGAAAAGCACCAACUUCCUCUCAGCUGUUUAUUUUUUUCGCAAUGGGGAGUGAUGUUCAACCUGGGACAGAGAUGGAGAUCAUAGUAGAAGAAACAAUAUCUGUAAGAGAUUGUUUAAAGAUAAUGCUGGAGAAAUCUGGCCUACUAGGAGAGCUGUGGCAUUUACGAAAGAUGGAUUGGUGCUAUGAAGCUGGGGAGCCUUUAUGUGAAGAAGAUGCAACAUUGAAAGAGCUUAUGAUAUGUUCUGGAGAUACUUUGCUUUUAAUUGAAGGAAAACUUCCUCCUCCGGGCUUCCUAAAGGUUCCCAUCUGGUGGUACCAGCUUCAGGCUCCCUUAGGACACUGGGAGAGUCAUCAGGACCAGACCAACUGUACUCCUUCUCAAGAUGGGCUAUGGAAGACUCCUUCCACCCAAGGUGCUCCUGGGAACGUGCCUGCAGAAGUUUCUCUCCUCUACUUGGGAGAUGUGGAGAUCUCAGAAGAUGCUGUGCUGGCAGAUCUGAAGUCCCAGGCUAUGACCUUAUCCACGUCCCCGGAGUUUGGUGUUCCAUCUCCAGCCUUCCUCAGAGCCUGGACAGUGGAGAAUAAGCGCCCAGGCAGGCUUCUGAGAACCGACCGGCAGCAGCUCAAGGAAUAUAAACUAGGACGGAGAACUGAGAUCUGCUUAGAACCCCUUGAGAAAGAAGAAAACUUGAGCCCCCAGGACGUGCUGCUGAGGACACAGAUGCGCAUCCCUGGCGAGAGGGCCUACAACCUGGCUGUGGACUUGGUGUGGAACACUACGCGGGGCUGGACCGCCAGCUCCCUGAGACAGAGAGUUGCUGAUUUCUGUUGUCUUCCUGUGGAGAAAAUUGAAAUUGCCAAAUACUUUCCCGAAAAGUUUGAAUGGCUGCCAAUAUCUAGUUGGAACCAGCAAAUUACCAAAAGGAAAAAGAAGAAAAAACAAGAGAAUUUACAAGGGACACCUUAUUACUUGAAAGAUGGAGAUAUUAUUGGUGUCAAGAAUCUUCUGGUUGAUGAUGAUGAUGAUUUCAGUACAAUCAGAGAUGACAUUGGAAAAGAAAAACAGAAACAACUCACCCUGGGGAAAAAGAAAAGCCGAGAAGCCCUCCGUGUGCAGAACAGCGACGUUUUCUCCCAUGUGGAGACGCCUGCCCAGUUCCGAGGACCGGAAGCUUCUCUUUCCAUCCGUGUUGGGAGUUUCAGAUAGCAGCAGCAGUGGCACGUCCCCAUGGGCUCCAUGCUCCUCACCCAUCUUCCUCUCCACCUCUCUGGUUGGGUCCACAAGAGUGAGCUUUGUUGGUCUGUGGACUUCUGGUCAGGUUCCCCAAGCUUCAGACCCCCAAAUCCUUGGCUUCAUUACGUGCAAAGGGCUGGUUCCUCUCAAGAAGGCCAGUGCAUUUGGCUGCUCAGCUCUGUGACACACACUAGCUAUGGGUGGUGGUGCAGACCUGGCUGCCAUACAUGCAGUGCCAACCAGGUACUGACCUCUCGACUGACACCUGACCCAGGUGCCUUUUCUACCUGAAAAUGUGCUACUUGUUAAUUAACCCCAAGUAUGGGCACAAUGCUUAGGUCUGCUGUAUAAGGUACACAUGCUCAGUCCCUUCUUACACCGUUCAGAUGGCUCUUGGUCAUUUGCCUUGACACAGGUUCUGAACUGAUGCUGUAAUGGAAGGGGUGUUCUGUUUUCUGGACUUUAUUUUGCUCACACCAUUCUGGUCCUCACAUACUCCGUGCCCCACCUUUGGUGUGAGUUAAACCUGUGAUGCUGAAGUAUGAGCUUGUCCCAUGAUGGGGAGACACCUGACACCUCUGACAUGGAGUGGGCUCAGCUAGUGUGUCAGCAGCGUCCAGUGUGGCUGGCUGGUCUGACCUGGGUGCUCUGUGAUCAGAACGUCUUAGCUGCCAGGGCCACUGCUGCCCAGUGCCUCUGCCUCUCUUCCUGCCCAGAAGCCUGGCAGGCAGGAGGGCCGAGGCAAAUAAGCCUGGCACAGCCUGUGGGUUGCAGGUUGUCCUGGGUGGGCCAAGUUGAUUCUCCCAAAUAGCUUCUAUUAAAACGAGGAAAAGAAAAUGUAAAUUAAGAUUUUUUUCCUCUUAAUUCAGCAAAGAUCACGAUUCAACUUAAAAGAAUUUAACUGGCACCCAUGACAAAUAGAGCACCUGUGUCACUGAACUGAUUGAUUUCAGACCCUGGGACAGCUGACCUCAGACGCCAACCUCAGGGAAGGCAGCAUUCCUAAAAGGUGUCAUGCGUUCUUGGCCUGGUGGCCAUCUGGGUUUCGGUUUUUCACCAGUCCCCAUAUCACUGGAAUGUCGAGAUGGGCGGGAAGUGACACAUGGCCCU